AUGGCGAUUGAAGAAAAACGGCUGGAUGAUUCCUCAAAAGAGCCUACUAUCAACAAACCCGUGGUCUUGGCUCUUUUAUCGACUACCCUAUUCUCGUUAAAAGUCUACCUUCCCAGGGUUGACCAGUUCCUUGUUGUGUCCCCAGAACUGGGCAUGAUACACACGACUUACAUCCCUUUUUACCAUGAAUUCCCACUACUCGCCUUGCUUUUCACAAGUUUUGUACCAUAUACUUUCCUUUCUGACUUCUUCGCUUGUGUUGGACAUUUUUACGGGAAUAAAAGAACCAUUCUUGGUGGUUUCUGCUUCGUGGCACUCUUGCCUCCUUUCGUGAGGACUUCGUGGUCCCUCCACUCUCACAUUCUUUACACCAUUGCAAUCUGCAUCCAGCCGUUCUCUUUGCUACCUCUCAUUGGUGCAAAACAGCUUAUCCAUCAGCUUUACGAGGUCAAUGGCUAUGCAAUGGAGAUCUUGACUUUCAUCGCAUUGGAUGUAGCGACACUGGUGAAUCGCCGAGUAAACAUUCCACCUGAAUGGGAAAAUCUUGCGAUGUUCGGCUACAGUCUCGUGCUGUGUCUUUUGUUUUAUUUCUUUCUUCCUGAUAUUCGUGGCACGAGCGAGAGACCAGCUCUCGUCGAGUUUGGGCCUCAAUUGACUGGGUUCGUGGGCUUCUUGAUGGUCAAUCUUUACUGGAUCUACAAUAUCGAUUAUAUUGAUGAAGAGAAGGUCUUCACUGUUCUGGCCAUCUGUGUUGCUCUUGACUACUUGUUUUGGAGAACAUUGAGCUAUGGAUACCCGUGGUCCUGGUGGUCUAGACGGAAGGAGCUGAAUGAGGGAAAGGAUGAAGAAGAACCAGUCAAAACGGAUGGAGAGGCUGCCAGCUGA